GUUUUCGACGACACCACCAAAUCGACAUGGAAGAGAUUGGCAUGGAGCUGUUCGACGUUGGCUGCUAUCAGUACUCAGUCGAGUGGUCUGCUGAAGAGAGCGCCAUUCUCGAUGGACUUCUCCACGACAACUCGAGCGAUGACGCCGCCACGCCCAAGCCCAGCAGCCACAGCAUCGUCCUCAAGCGAUAUCGUAAGAAGAAGCGCACCGAGUUCCUCGAGCUCAAGCGCGCGGCACAGGAACUAGAGGUGCGCUUAAUGCAGCUGUCCGAGGCCAAGCAGCUUCGCGACGUCCUCAGUCCGCCGGGCAGGUGGCAGAAAAUCGCGGUGCAGCUCAAGAUGGACACGGCCGCCGCGCACAUUGAGAACAAGCAGCUCAAGGAGCUCGUCCAAGCGCACUUGGUGACGGUGCAGACGCUCGGCAGCAUGCUCGACAAGACGCACGAGCUUGCACUGACGCUCAACCCGGCGCCAGAAAUGCGCUGGCAGCAGCUCGUGCUUGUGGCUGACCCAGACCUGCGUCGUGCGGGUAUCCACGGGAUCAUGGACCGUGAAUGUGGCAAGCUUGCGAGCGUGUUCAUUGAGGCAGGGCUCACGGACGCGAAGGACGAGUUUCAGAAGCACAUCUCCAAACUGAGCGUCUCGGGCGGCCACGAGUUCCACGUCGUCGUGCACCGGCACCUCGGGCUGCCCGUCUCUGUCGCCCUCGAGCGAUGCUGGGACGUGUCGCUGGGUGCGUCCAUGUUUUUUCCCAGCCUCCCGCACCAAACGCUAUCGGCCACGGCCAUCGAUGCCAAUACGUCGUAUGUGGUUGGCUGGCUCAACCAUCCGCUUGGCCGGUUCCAGCGGCGCGCGCUCUGCAAGCGGUUUCCCGGCGAGAAGCGCAGCACCUUGAUUGUGCGCAGCAUCGAUCUGGACGAAGACGCGCCGUACGACCCGAGCUUGCCGUAUGCGAUCGAGGUCAUUUGGGUGCAGUUUGACGCGAGAAUGGACGGCGGCACGGACGUCAAGGUCUUCCAAAAGUUUCGGCCGUCGCAUUGGACCGCCGACAUGUUGGCGACAGUGCAGUGGCCCGAAGCCCUCGAGAAGGGCGCACUUGACUUGCACCAAGCCAUCCACGACCACAUCGAGACCCGUACCGUGCCGUGUGGGACGAGCAACUCGUGAUAACUCAACAUUGUCCAUUCUCAUUGCAGCUGCGGUUGAUCGUAGUAAAAGAACACACUCCGUGCGAUGUUGAGCGCCCAGAUACGUGGCACACCCAUAGUCGUUUGGUCGUUGUGUUUUCUUUACACAGAUAGCUGAUCUUGG